UUUUCCUGCCUCGCAUUGAAGACUGACACGUCAGAUUUCACUCUCUCCUCCUAUAUACCUAUUUCCUCUCUCCCAUCUCUCCUCACACCCUGCACACAAUUCAACAACAAAAGAUUAGAUAUGGGCGAAGAGAAGAAAGAGGAUGCGGCGGAGAAGAAGAAAGAAGAGGUAAAAGAAGAGGAGAAGAAAAAAGAAGAUGAAGAAGAAGCUAAAGAGAUUGUGCUCAAAGUCGACAUGCAUUGCGAGGCUUGCGCCCGGAAAGUUGCAAGAGCCCUAAAAGGCUUCCAAGGAGUGGAGGAAGUAAGGGCGGAUUGCAAGGCGAGCAAAGUGGUGGUGAAAGGCAAGGGUGCAGACCCUAUAAAGGUGUGCCAAAGGAUUCAAAAGAAAAGCGGUCGAAAAGUGGAAAUCAUUUCCCCGCUACCAAACAAGGAAGAAUCAGACGAUAAUAAGCAGCAGCAGCAGCAGCAAGAAGAGAACAAGGAUCCUCAGUCUAAACAACAAAACAAACAAGAGCCUCCGGCAGUCAUAACAGUGGUGUUAAAAGUCCGAAUGCAUUGUGAAGCAUGUGCUCAGGUACUGCAGAAGAGAAUUGGAAAAGUUCAAGGUGUAGAAUCAGUGACAACAGACAUUGCAAACGACCGUGUAAUAGUGAGAGGCGUUCUCGAUCCAGAAAAGCUAGUGAACGACGUGUACAAGAGAACAGGCAAACAGGCAUCAAUAGUAAAGGAGCAAGAGAAAAAGGAAGAGGAAAAGAAAGAUGAGGAGAAGAAGGACGAGAAAAAAGAGGACAAGAAAGAAGCAGAAGAGAGCAAGGGAGACGACGAGGAUGACAAGAAAACUGACAUCAAGAAAAUGGAGCAUUGGCCCUCAAAGUACUACUUGGACCAUGCUUAUGCCCCUCAAAUGUUCAGCGAUGAGAAUCCAAAUGCAUGCAUUCUUAUGUAACCAAAUAAUUAUAUUACUUCUCUCUCGAAAUUUCAUAUAUAUUAUAUCUCGACUCCCAAUUUUCAGUUAUAUAUUCUCUGCAACUUGUUCUGUUCUGCCAGAGGAAAUAGAUAGUCAUUGUGUGUAGAUAGUAAUGUUGUGAACUAGUUUCUAUUGCCUUUUUGUUUGUUGGUUGUAAUUUUUUUGGCCUAAAUAAGGGCUUGUAUUAUUAUAAUAUUCUUAGGUUUUGAUGA